ACUGGUUGUGCACAGCUCUGGCAGUAGCUGCAGGGCUGCUCACAAACUCCAAAUGUGAGCUCAAGGAUUACAGAUGCAUUCUGUGCAGGGAAUUGAGUGCCUGUCCCAAAAACUCCUCCAAAAAGUGCUCAGGAACGACAUGGACCAGGCUGGAGGAGUCUCUGCAGGCAGAAGGAAAAGCUCCCUGUGCCUGGACAAGAGGGGCAGAGGCUGCAGAGCCACGCUGGGAUUUUUGUGUCUGUUCCCUGUGCUGGCUUUGCUGGCACUUCUGGAAUAUCCAGCUGGAGCUGCUCUGCAGGAAAUUCAGGGAGAUGUGCCAGGCUCAGCUGUGCUGACCCCAGCCCCUCCUGGGCGCGCGGCGCGGAGCAGGCGCUACACCAUCACCCCAGGCCACCUCAAGUGGGACCACUUCAACCUCACCUACAAGAUCCUGUCCUUCCCCAGGAACCUGCUGAGUGCCCGGGACACGCGCCGGGGGCUGGCGGCCGCGUUCCGCAUGUGGAGCGAGGUGUCCCCGUUCAGCUUCAGGGAGGUGCCAAGGCACCUCCCCAGCGACCUCAAAAUCGGUUUCUACUCCAUCAACCACACAGACUGCCUGGAGUCUCUGACCCACCACUGCUUCGAUGGCACCACGGGGGAGCUGGCCCACGCCUUCUUCCCUCCCCAUGGGGAAAUCCACUUUGAUGACCAUGAGUACUGGAUCCUGGGCAACACCAGGUUCAGCUGGAAGAAAGGGGUUUGGCUGACAGACCUGGUGCAUGUGGCAGCCCACGAGAUCGGCCACGCCCUGGGGCUGAUGCACUCGCUGAACCCCAACGCCCUGAUGCACAUCAACGCCACCCUGACAGGCAAGAAGAGCAUCUCCCAGGAUGAGGUGUGGGGAAUCCACAGGCUCUACGGCUGUAAGGACAGGCUGGUGAUGUGCCCAUGGUGGGCACAGAAGGGUUUCUGUGAGAAGCGCAGGAAGCUGAUGAAGAAGCACUGCCCCUCCACCUGCGACUUCUGCUACGAAUUCCCAUUUCCAACGGUGCCCCCCACUCUGCCCCCACCCAGGACCAAAACCAAGACAGUUUCUGAGGGCAGGAACGUCACCUUCCGCUGUGGGCAGAAGAUCAUCCACAAAAAAGGCAAAGUCUACUGGUAUAAAGACAAAGAACUUCUGGAAUAUUCCUAUCCAGGUUAUUUAUCCCUAAAUGAAGAUCACAUGAGCAUCAUUGCAAAUGCAAUUAAUGAAGGAACUUACACUUGCAUAGUGAAGAAAAAAGAAAGAAUCCUGAGUACUUACUCGUGGAGAAUCAGACUGAAGCACUGACACAGCCCUGGG